AUGCUCUCAACUGGUAUUUGCGCAACAUUUUUACAUCCUGUUGAAGCUUUACAUGGAGACCUCGGUACAGUUCAGCCUAAUGAUGUUGUACUCGCCUUAUCAUUCUCGGGAAACACAGAAGAAUUAUUGAUGCUCAUGCCUAGCUUAAAACAUCGUUCUGUUCCUGUUAUUGGUCUGGGUGGUAAUCCAAAGAGUAAGCUGGCUAAAGAGAGUGUGGCAUGGAUUGAUGGAUACGUCAAGCGUGAAGCAGGAGGAGAUAUACCAGCACCUACUUCUUCUACCACAUUGACAUUGGCUUUGGGUGAUGCUUUGGCUUUGACACUGGCAAAAUUAAGGUCGUUUACAACAGACGGAUUUGCUCUUAAUCACCCAGGCGGCUCCCUUGGUAGAAGAUUGCUACUCAAAGUAAAGGAUAUCGUAAUUGAUGCUCAAAAAGUGGCUACUGUCAGCAAGAAUACAUCGCUUGAUGUUGUGAUUAUGGAAAUGACAAAGCAUCCCCGAGGAUCUGGUGUGAUUGUGUUGGAAGAUGAUAGGAUGGAAGCAACAUUUGAUGAUAACCAAGGCUAUCUUUUCCCUUCACCACCCAUUUCAGAGACAUCUUCCCUAGACGAAUUUGACGAGGCAUUUGUUAACAAGGCAAGCAAGAUAGCAGGCGUGAUUACACACGGUGAUAUCCAUCGGGUUCUUAAGUCUUCAACACGGGAAGGAAUUUUUCAAAUUCGCGCAGUAGAUAUCAUGACAGCAAAUCCUGUGGUGUUUGAUGAAGAUGGUUUAGCCUCUAAGGCCGUCAAAUUAAUGGAAGAGAAGAACAUUCCUCUUUUGCCUGUGAUAAGCAAUGAUAAGAGUUGGACUGGUGUUAUCACACUCAAAGACCUUCAGGAGCUCUUUUAA